AUGGCCGUGAAGUGUGAAAACAACGAUGAUCAGAUGAUUUUGAAAAUCAUGCAGUGUGAACUCGAGUGCAUAUUUGACGUGGUGGCAGAUAUCGCUUUUAUUGUUGAUCAGUCCAGCAAUAUCAGAUCCAAAAACUUUCAACUUUUAAGCUACUUUCUCAAGAACACCAUCAGAGGUCUCGAUGUAGGUGAGGGAAAAAUUAAAAUAGCUGUGGUCCUCUAUAGUGACUUCCCUCGAGCAGAUGUUUUCUUUAACACCUUCAAUGAUAAGACUGACAUCCUACGCUACAUCAGCAGCAUACCACAUGGUCGUGGUAAAACAUACACUGGAGCUGCUCUCAAGUUUGCCAAAGAGCAUGUGUUCACCAAAGCAAGAGGCAGCAGAAGAGAUCAGCAUGUUCAGCAGGUUGCUGUUGUUAUCACUGAUGGAAAGUCUACAGAUAAUGUGGCCAGUGCUGCAGCAGCAUUGCGGCGAUCUGGUGUCACUAUAUUUGCGCUUGGUAUCAAAGACACCGACGAGGAUGACUUGAGAGAGAUUGCAUCCUAUCCACAUAAGAAGUUUGUAUUCAGUGUUGAAGGCUUUGAUAAACUACAUUCACUUUCAAAUAUUUUAACCAAAACACUUUGCAAUGAAAUCACAGAUUCCAUCAUACCUGCAGCCUUACAGAGCUUUGUGUUACAAGAUUGCAAGAAAACAAUAAAAGCUGACAUAUAUUUUCUUCUGGAUGAAUUAGAAAGCAUAUCCUAUAAAGAAUUUGAUGAUAUGAAGAACUUUAUUAAGAAAUUGCUUGAAGCAUUCGAGGUUGGAAAUAACCAUGUGCGCUUUGGGUUGGUGAAGUUUGCAAGUCGUGCAACCACAGUUUUCCGAUUACAUGACUAUAACACAAAAGCUGAUAUCAGAAAGGCAGUGAAUGCCCUCAAAAUUGAGGGAGGGGGCACCAGGACUGAUCUGGGAUUGAGAGAAAUGAUCCCACUCUUUGAAGAAGCAGUACGAACACGUGGGGAAAAGGUUCAUAAGCUCCUGAUUGUCAUCACAGAUGGCGAGUCAAGAGGGACAGAAGAGUCGGUAGAAGUCCCUGCUAAACUUCUGAGAACAGAACAGAAUGUCAGUAUUUAUGCUAUUGGUGUGAAAGAUGCAUCUGUACCAGAGCUGGAAUUAAUAUCUGGCAGCCCACAAAGAAUAUUUUAUGUGAAAAACUAUGAUUUCCUUGAUGAAAUCAAGAAAGACAUUAUUACAGAAAUAUGUACCUUUGAAGGUGAGAAAUUCAGCUAA